CUUGUAUCUUUGAACCAGUGAAGUUGUUCUUGACUGAGAAGAUUGAUAUCAGUUGUUUUUUAGAUGAGUACGGGUUCGGAUUCUAGGGAGAAUAUGGAAGGAGGUGGGAGCGGCGGGCUACCUCCGGACAACGGAAGAUGUUACAAGUGCGGGGAAGGCGGUCAUUUCAUUCGAGACUGCAUGGAGUAUUGGCAGGCGAAGGCGCUCGGACGCACGUUCGUGCCUUCAACACAAACAAACACUCAGACACGUGGAAGAUCCGUGACACCGAAUAUGAACACCAUGGCACGAAGAAGUCGAUCGGCUGAGAGUGGUGGUGAGAGAGAAAUUGUAGGGGACGAUACGAACUCAUUGAUGCAGGAGUACUUUGUACAGAUGGCUGAAGAAAGGAGGUUUCGCGUUGAACGAGAAACCGAAGAGGCGAGGCUGCGGGCAGAAGAAGCAGAGAGACGGGCAAAGGAGAAUAGACGGUUGUUACAACAAGAAGAACGACUUAAGCUUGAGGAGGAACGCGAAUCUCGAUUACUACGAAUAAUUCGAAGCGAAAUUAUGCAAAAAGACAGGGAGGAAGAAAAAGAAAGGUACGAGAGGAAGGGGAAGGGAUUUGCUCGGACCAUCGGGCGCAACGAUGCAAUCGAGGCUGAGAAAGAGAGGUUACGUCGCUUGAUUGCUCCUGAGAUCCUCGAUACUGCCGAAGAAGUUGAAGACGAGGAAUUACGUACCCUGAGGAGGAUGGCGGCAAGAAUGAAUCUAAUCGAGAAAUGGAAACGCAGUCCGGACACACCUGUUGGAAAUAGCCCACCAGUGGUAACACCGGAGAAGAAGGCUAAUACUAAGUUGACGGACGAAUCUAAGACGCGCAUCGAGAUACUGAAGCAGGAACUUGGAACUGACCCGGGGACGACGAGUACACCUUUGAAGAUCGAUCAAUCGCUCAAGCAUGUAGUAUCUGCAUCCUGCGGCGUCGGCGGGAAAGAGAGAUUCGAGCAAAAUUGCCACGGCUUCUAUGACUUCUUGACGAUUGACGAACUCAAGGAAGCAUGUCGUCGUGAGAACGUGGUGUAUGGUAAGAGGGAUUUGGCUAUCAAGAGGCUUGUGAUCCGCAGGUCAGCGGUGGCUUACGACCCGGCUAAUAUUCCAUUACCUUCGACUCCACGCACAGGAGCGAGAAACACUAGAGGAAUGACGAUCAGAGAAGUCAAGGAGAAUGUUGCUACAGACUUCUCUGACUCCGAUGCAUCGUACUCGAACGAAGAAUCUGACUAAGGUCUUUGUCGUUGCGACGACUACCUGAGGAUCGCUGAAAUUGUGUGCGAAAGAAGACUAAGGAACAAUGAAAGAUGUAAAGAGGA